AUGGCCGAAUAUACAUUGAAGAACCACUCUGAUGCGCCGCAGCAGCCAAUCUCCAGCGAUGGUGGCGAGAUUACCGCAUGUGGCCCAAAAUCGAGAACAGCUGAGAUUAUUGGAUACCUCGGUUUCAACUUUGAGGGUAUCGCGUGUACCAAGAAAGACGUCUUUUCCGUGGCGAUUCAUCCAGUCAUGCUACGCGCAUACCUCGUCAUGUCUCGAGCCUACGACAGGUUGACUACCGAAAAGGGAGCUGCCGAGAUCUCAAGCUCCGAAAUCACUGCCUUGAUGCCCCGUUUGGAUGAAGCUCUUCAACUCAAGAAUCUGAUCGCACAGAAAGUCGACGCUCUACCUGCCGAUACCGACUCGCAGGAGUUGGUACAGUUGAAGAAGCAGCUUCAGGAAAUCGUCGGCCUCGAUUUCAAUGACGCUUUCGAGGAGUUCAACGCCAAGAAUCAUCUCCUCUGCGCCUUGUUGUUCCAUUGGGCGGAGUCGCUCACACAGCUGCCAGAAUACAACAACGCGGAUCCCGUGCUGGAAAAGGAGAUCGAAAAACUGUUCGAGGACUUUGCGGCGUACAGAAAGAUGAAGAAGGUCAAGGAGGUUACAAUCCCGAUCAUCGUUCGGGACUACAAGGAGCGCCAAAGCUGGCCUACUGGCUUCAAUGUCGACUUCCUCUCCGCGCGAGGUGAAACGGGUCUGGAAAUCUACAACAGACUGUGGCAGUUCUUCUGGUACAUGAGGUCCAAGUGUCUGAAUGCUAAAAUGGACGAUUUCAUGACAUCCAACCAGCGGCAGGCGAAGAAUUACCCACUCGAUAACAAUUUGGACUCCCAUUCUCCGCUGUGGUGGGACGGAAAGGGCGACGAUGAAGCGCGAGAUGAGCUAGAAAAACAAGAGCUUGCGGCACUUCUUGCCACCACCCACGACAAGAGAAGCGACGAAGCCGAUGGCAUUCAGUUUGCUGACCUACCAUGCGUCCUCAAACUUGCAAAUACUGGCAGGAGCGAGCGGGCUGCUUGGAAAGAAUUUUUGGAGGGACUGGAAGAAGACGGUCUCACCAAUCCUCUACAGAACAUGGUGCUUAUCCCCAAUCCAUGCGCGUAUCCGAGCCCACCGGCGUGGCGUAAUGCUUUGCGAGAGGAUUGGAAACUCAAAGAUCUUGCACUCGGCAUCCGGACCAUUUCCAUUUCAAUGAUGUCGGCAGAUAACAAGAAGCCGAUCGACGAGAAGCUUGUCUACGACGACAGUGCCAAACGAUACAUGACACGAGAAGAGAUCAUCGACAUGUUCAACCUCGAAAAUGCAGUCCGAGCAGAAGUCUCAAUACUGUUUCUGCUUGACUUCACCCAGGCCAAGUUGGAGGCGCUACCUUGGAGCGACCCCCUCAUCACCAUCAAACACGGCCAAGUGGUUUCGAAGCGUUCUGUCGCCGUCGCCGCCGCAAAGGUAGACAGUGAUGAAUCUGAUUCUGGGGAUGAACGCCUCCAAGGUGCCGCAUCAGCGCCAGACAGCACCACGCGAGCUCAGGGCGACGGGGUCAUUCCUACAGUACCUCCCUCAGUGGCCGCGAGCGAAGCACACCCAUCGCCGAACAUGCCUGAAGAUCAGUCUGGUGAGGCUCCUGAAGGUUAUUCGCGCGGCAUUGGCCUUCCUGCAGUGGGAAGCCUACCCCCCGACAUCUUGGCGGUGUUCGAUUCCAUGCAAACCAAUCAAUCCACUCAGAUCCCAGYAGAUAUUGACGAAGCACUGCGCGGUCUCUUGCCUUUCGCUCCCAAUUUGACCAUGACCUCCCAAUACCUGGUUGAUCAGGUAGGAGACGAGAAAUUCAACUUCAUCAAGUCCAAGGAGCCCAAGCAUGUCAAGCAGAGUCAACCCCUUCCUGAUGAGGAUCAGAUUUGA